CUCUGGCUCCAGGCUCCUGGCGAGAUCCCCGAGCCCCGGCGGCUGGUGCUGGGAGCCCGGAGCCCGGGCUGCAGCCGGGAGAGGGGAAUCUCCAGCAGGGCCCUUCCCGCUGCUCCAGGAGCCUCUCCCAGGGCAGAGCCCCCAGCCCGGCCAGGCCCCUUCCCGGCCCGGCCCCUGCCCCAGGGGGCCCCGCUCGGAGGGAAGGCUGAGGAAUCACGUCCACGUUUUUCUCCAGAUGGGCCCGUCUUCCAUGAGACAGGGAACGGAAAUGUCUGUGAUGGAGCCAGCUCAGAUGCCGGUGACCUUCGAGGAGGUGGCUGUGUAUUUCACUCAGGGGCAGGGGGCUCUCCUGGACCCUGCUCAGAGAGCCCUCUACAGGGACGUCAUGCAGGAGAACUACGAGACGGUGACCUCACUGGGAUUCCCCCUUCCCAAACCUGAGCUGAUUGCCCGGCUGGAACGAGGGGAGGAGCCCUGGGUGUCCGAUCUCCAAGUCUGCGAGGAAAGAAGGCUUCCGAGAAGCACCCGUACAGGUGCUGAGCGAGGGAGUGAGAAUGAGGCGGGGAAUCAUCAUGAGGAAGUUCCUGGGGAAGUGGAACCGCAGGGGACCUUUGUGGGAAGAGCUGAAGGGAAUUUUUCCCAGUGCUUGGAGCAGGCAGAAGCCUGGGGAAGUUGGCAUAGGUCAGAGAGGCUUCUGGGACACCUCCCAGGGAAGAAAGUGGAUGAAUCUGUUUACGGUGGGGGAGGAGAGGAGGAUCCCAGAGCGCCGCAGACAAAUCCCAAGAAAGAGCCACCCUGGCACUACCUUCAGUCUCUCGAGUGCGGGAAAUGUUUCAUAUCAAAGACACAAAUAAUUAGACAUCAGUUAAGCCACACAGGGGAGAGACCCCACAACUGCUUGGACUGUGGGAAAAGUUUCACAGAGAGGGCAAACCUUUUUCAACAUCAGGCAUUACAAACAGGAGCGAGACCCCACAAGUGCUUGGACUGUGGGAAAAGUUUCAUAAGAAGGUCACACCUUGUUUAUCAUCAGGCAAUCCACACAGGAGAGAGACCCCACAAGUGCUUGGAUUGUGGGAAAAGUUUCAUAGAGCGGUCAAACCUUGUUUAUCAUCAGGCAAUCCACACAGGAGUAAGACCCCACAAGUGCUUGGACUGUGGGAAAAGUUUCAUACAGAGGUCAGACCUUGUUAAACAUCAGGCAUUACACACAGGAGAGAGACCCCACAAGUGCUUGGACUGUGGGAAAAGAUUCAUAGAGCGGUCAAACCUUGUUAAACAUCAGGCAAUCCACACAGGGGAGAGACCCCACAAGUGCUUGGACUGUGGGAAAAGUUUCAUAAGAAGGUCACACCUUGUUUAUCAUCAGGCAAUCCACACAGGAGAGAGACCCCACAAGUGCUUGGACUGUGGGAAAAGUUUCAUAGAGCGGUCAGACCUUGUUAAACAUCAGGCAAUCCACGCAGGAGAAAAACCCCACAAGUGCUUGGACUGUGGGAAAAGUUAUUUACAAAGAUCAAGCCUUGUUCAACAUCAGGCAAUCCACACAGAAGAGAGACCCCACAAGUGCUUGGACUGUGGGAAAAGUUUCAUAAGAAGGUCACACCUAAUUCGCCAUCAGGCAUUUCACACAGGAGAGAGACCCCACAAGUGCUUGGACUCUGGGAAAAGUUUCAGACAGAGGUCACACCUAGUUCGCCAUCAGGCAUUACACACAGGAGAGAGACCCCACAAGUGCUUGGACUGUGGGAAAAGUUUCAUAGAGCGGUCAGACCUUGUUAAACAUCAGGCAAUCCACACAGAAGAGAGACCCCACAAGUGCUUGGACUGUGGGAAAAGUUUCAUACAGAGGUCACGCCUAGUUCGCCAUCAGGCAUUACACACAGGAGCGAGACCCCACAAGUGCUUGGACUGUGGGAAAAGUUUCAUACAGAGGUCACACCUAAUUCGCCAUCAGGCAUUACACACAGGAGCGAGACCCCACAAGUGCUUGGACUGUGGGAAAAGUUUCAUAAGAAGGUCACACCUUGUUCAACAUCAGGCAAUCCAUACAGGAGAGAGACCCCACAAGUGCUUGGACUGCGGAAAGUGUUUCAUAUGGAGGUCUGACCUUAUUAAACAUGGAAGAAUCCACACAGGAUCUAAACUUCUGUGACACGUGUCAAGAAAGGUUUAAGCAACUUGCAUGUAAUUGACUCAGGGUCAACGUUUAGAGAGAGAUUUUAAAAGUGUGUCCACCUUAGAUAGCUAGAGAUUGAAAUGUAAAUGUGUAUUUUCAAAGACUUGGAAGAAGAGGGCAAGUCAUGUCUGAGUAACCUAAUUGCCUUCUAUGACGAGAAAGCUGGCUCUGUGGAUGAGGGAAAAGCAGUGGAUGUUUUAUUCCUUGAUUUUAGCAAAGCUUUUAUAUGAUCUCCUACAGAAUUCUUGCCAGCAAGUUAAAGAAGUGUGGCCUGGAUGAAUGGGCCAUAAAGUGGAUAGAAAGCUGGGUAGAUCGACUGGCUCAACUGGUAGUGACCAAUGGCUCCAUGUCUAGUUGGCAGCUGGUAUCAAGAGGAGUGCCCCAAGGGUCGAUCCUGUGGCCGGUUUUGUUCAGUAUCUUCAUUAAUCAUCUGGAGGAUGAUGUGGACUGCACCCUCAGCAAGUUUGCCGAUGACACUAAACUGGGAGAACUGGUAGAUACGCUGGAGGGUAGGGAUAGGAUACAGAGGGACGUAGACAAAUUAGAGGAUUGGGCCAAAAUAAAUCUGAUGAGGUUCAACAAGAACAAGUGCAGAGUCCUGCACUUAGGAUGAAAGAAUCCCAUUCACUGCUACAGACUAGGGACCGACUGGCUA